CUUCAAUACACCAAAGCUUCAAACAUGGAGAACUCAAGCAAUCCUCAGGUGAAUCUUGAUUAUAGAAAUAAAGCCCUAGUUGAAGAUGCACUUACUGGAUCUACUGGUGUGCUUGAUUAUUACAGCAAACUCAUGGGGUUUCUUACUCCAAUGAAGGAAAAUGUCCGAACCCUUCAAUCUGUGAUUCGAAGAAAAGGGAGCUGCGAAGCUGAUCAUCUUUCUGAUUACGUUUUGUAUCGGAACAAAUCCAAGAAGAACAUCGCCAAGAGCCUUGGAUCAUUGGAGCAAAUGGAAAAGGAUUCUAAAUUGUUUCUUGAAUAUGGAGAAGAUCAUCAUUUGUCAAUCGUGGUUGGAGUUCUAAGAGAGAUUGUCACUGCCACCAUCUCCAUGUUCCGAGCUCUUUUGCUUUGUUUAUUUGGUAAAACUAAACCCGUGGCAUAUUAUGGGUUCUCGUUCAUCGCGAAAUUGAUGUCCACCACUAGGCCAGACUGUCACGAAAAUCAAGAGAUUGUUAACGAUAACGAUCAGAUAGAUGUCGCACUUCAUUCUUUACAGAAAACAGUCAAGAACAAUGAGAAUAAGGCUGUUGAAGUACAGAUUGUAAUGGAGAGCUUAGUGAAUCUUGAUCUUCAGAUCGAGAUAUAUGAGGACGGGUUGGAUUCUCUUUUUAGGCGACUAAUUCAAACCCGAGUCUCCCUUCUUAACAUUCUAGUGAACUAGAAAUGUACGAUAUACUUAGGAUUUCGUCUUUGGAAAAUAUAUAUAAUUUCAUUUUAUACGU